CACAUUUAUGGAAAUCUUUACUUUGUAUAAAUUUUAAAAACAAGCCCACGAAAUGGCUACAAUAAGUACAAGAGCCAAAUCACCAACUCGCGCAGAAGCUAUAGCUAAAGCUCUGAAGCCGGUUCGUGACUACGGACCGGGAGUAUUAGUAGGCAAUUGGGUUGAAGACAGAACUGAAUGUCCCAAGAGUGGGACGCUGUAUUUCCCGCCUAAAGAUGACAUCGAUUACGAUAAAUUAAAACCAGAAACAAGAAAUGACGACUUCCGCCUUAACAGACUUAAUAGCGUACAGGGUAAUGUAUCAACAGUAGUACGUCACAGCAGCCACGACAAAUGUGGCAACUACGUGACAAUAAACGAUCUGGUCUACAACCAUCUUCCCAAGCCUCUCUGCGGUCCCAAUCAGCGGUAUUACAGAAGAAGCGCGCACCAAUAUUAUCCCCAGCCGGAUUUAUUGAAAUGCUUUGGUAAUAUCACAGAAUGGGGACUUAAAAAAUACAUGGAACAGGAGUGGGCAUGCUCCGGUAUAUCAGAUUAUUUCUCGACCCUAUAUGAAGACACGUACAUGCCGCCACUUCCUUCACAAUAUCUUCAAGGUCCUGAACGAAAAGCUCGAAAUUCGAGCUUCACAAAAACGUUUCGUUACAAGAUGACAAAACCAAUAGAGAAAAAGAAAUAAUGAUAACAUCAAGAAUCAUUUUCACAUUUCUGAAAAAAAAAUUAUUAGUCUUUACAUAUCACAUUUUGUUCAAGAAGAGGACAGUGACGUCCAUAUAAAAAUUGUAACAAUACAAUAAUUCUUAAUGCUUUCACAUUCCGCCGCCGGCUCCACAAACACGAGAUCAGCAUGACCUUACCGCUAAGUUUACCUUCAAACAUACAACUAGUAACCGCUUACACACUAAUGCACGUGAUAUAACUUAAUAAGAUUCUUAAAUUAAUGGCAGUUUAUGAAGUUAAGUUAAAGUCGAUCGUAGUG